AAACCUCCCAUUGAAUUCGUGUGUCGCCUUCUCUUAUCCGUGAAGCCUUUUGUUUUGCCUUCCUCCACUUUACUCAUAUGUCCGCCUCCCUGCCCUUUUCAUUUUUACGGUUUCUUCUUUCUCAGCUGCAAUUUUAACAACUCAACUUCAAUCGAAGAAGCUCAAGAGGAAAAGGGAGAGCUCUCUUUCCCUCUCUUUCGUAAAAUGGACGCCUUGGAUCACGCGUCUGACUUCUGCAACUAAUUUUUGGCCGUCCAUCCUCCUCUUCUCUCUUCACUAGCCUUGCCUUGAUUUAGCGCGGUUGUUGUCACAUAAUGGAGACUUGUGAUUGUAUUGACUCGCAAUGGCCAGCUGAAGAAUUGCUGGUUAAGUAUCAGUAUAUAUCAGAUGUUUUAAUCGCCCUUGCUUAUUUCUCAAUUCCCCUAGAGCUUAUUUAUUUUGUUCAAAAAUCUGCUUUCUUCCCGUACCGAUGGGUGCUUAUGCAAUUUGGUGCUUUUAUCAUUCUUUGUGGAGCGACACACUUUAUAAACUUAUGGACAUUCACUAUGCAUUCUAAAGCUGUUGCUGUGGUCAUGACCAUUGCGAAGGUUGCAUGUGCUAUUGUAUCAUGUGCAACUGCUUUGAUGCUUGUACACAUUAUUCCUGACCUGUUGAGUGUUAAAACUCGGGAAUUAUUUCUGAGGAACAAAGCCGAAGAGCUUGACAGGGAAAUGGGCCUCAUUCUCACUCAAGAAGAAACUGGAAGGCAUGUAAGGAUGUUAACUCAUGAAAUCAGAAGCACACUUGACAGGCAUACAAUAUUGAAGACUACCCUUGUUGAGUUGGGUAGGACCUUGGGCCUGGAGGAAUGUGCCUUGUGGAUGCCAUCAAGGACUGGUAUUAAUCUGCAACUUUCCCAUACUCUAAACUACAAAAUACAAGUUGGAUCUACUGUGCCAAUAAAUCUUCCUUUGGUCAACGAAGUCUUCAAUAGUGCUCGAGCAGUGCGUAUACCCUAUACCUGCCCGCUAGCUAGGAUCAGACCUCUAGUGGGAAGAUAUGUGCCACCAGAGGUUGUUGCUGUUCGGGUACCUCUUUUACAUCUCUCAAAUUUCCAAAUUAACGACUGGCCUGAUCUCUCUGCAAAAAGCUAUGCAAUCAUGGUUCUUAUUCUCCCCACUAACAGUGCCAGAAAAUGGCGAGACCAUGAAUUGGAACUUGUCGAAGUUGUGGCAGACCAGGUUGCUGUUGCUCUUUCUCAUGCCGCUAUUCUGGAGGAAUCCAUGCGGGCCCGUGAUCAGCUCAUGGAACAAAAUGUUGAUUUAGACUUGGCUCGUCGAGAGGCUGAGAAGGCAAUUCAUGCACGGAAUGAUUUCCUUGCUGUAAUGAACCAUGAGAUGCGCACACCAAUGCAUGCAAUUAUUGCAUUGUGCUCACUUCUUUUAGAGACUGAUCUAACUCCGGAACAAAGAGUUAUGAUUGAGACAGUGCUAAAGAGUAGCAACCUUUUGGCAACACUAAUCAAUGAUGUUCUGGAUCUUUCUAGACUUGAAGAUGGCAGCUUAGAAUUAGAUGUUGGAAUGUUUGAUCUUCACGGAAUCUUCAAAGAGGUCAUUAAUCUGAUAAAGCCCAUUGCAUCUGUAAAGAAGCUAUCUAUGACUAUGAUCCUGGCACCUGAUUUGCCAAUGUAUGCUGUUGGGGAUGAGAAACGGCUUAUGCAAACUAUUUUAAAUGUCGCGGGUAAUGCUGUGAAGUUCACAAAGGAGGGUUAUGUUUCAAUUAUAGCUACUGUUGCAAAACCAGAGUCUUUAAGAGACUGGCAACCUCCAGAAUUUUACCCAGUGUCAAGUCAAGGCCACUUCUACUUACGAGUGCAGGUUAAGGAUUCUGGUUGUGGUGUUCUCCCACAAGAUAUACCAAUUCUUUUUACCAAAUUUGCACAGCCACGUAGUGGAUCCGGUCGAAAUAAUGGAGGUGCUGGACUUGGACUUGCUAUUUGUAAAAGGUUUGUAAAUCUGAUGGGAGGCCAUAUAUGGAUGGAGAGCGAGGGCCUUGGAAAAGGUAGCACAGCAACAUUCCUCAUUAAACUCGGGAUCUGUAACAAUCCUAGUGAUUCAUCUGUCCAUCAGGUUUCAUCCCACGUUAGAGCUUAUCAUGGAAGUGCAGAUCUGACUGGACAAAAACCAAUAUUAAAAGAUAACGAUCGUGGUGCUUCAUCCAAUGCACGAUACCAAAGAAGUCUUUAGAUGAUAGUGGGAGCAAAUGUUGCAAUGAAAAAGAAAGGCAACUUAUGUUAAGUCGAAUUGUGUAAUAAUUUUCCAUUUUUGUAUUGUUCAAGGAUAAAGGUACAGAGUGCCACUCGAAUCUGAAGCUUGAAGAUGAUCUAUUGUGUAAAUGAAGGUAGAAAGUUAAACGAGAUAGGAUUUAGAAGUGGCAUUUUCCUUUAUGUUCUUCUAUUUGGUCAUUCACGUAAUAUGAAUUUCAAAAGUUAAUAUG